ACCAGCGGAGAGGGAUGAAGAUUGCACUCGCCAAAGCGCUCGCUCGUUAUGUGUCCAGCUCCAGGGGCUCUCCUGACUCUGACGUCUCCAGGCGUCGCUCGGCUCGGCGCCGUGCCUCAGUCUCCAAGUUGGAAAUCGGAGCGCCCAGUGGCUUCCAGCACGUCAGUCAUGUGGCCUGGGACCCUGAGACUGGAUUCACAGUCAAGUGCUUAGCACCUGAUUUGAUCACACCAUUUCGAGAGGCCGGGAUCAAUGCUGAUUAUCCGCAGAAGUCUGAAACUUCUCAGCGGAAUUAUCGAGUGAUUAAAGGGAAAAGAGGCACCGAUGCUGCAAGGAACGCAGCCAAACAGACAGUUUCCAGUCAGCAUUGUGCUUUGAGCCUUCAUCCUCUGUCACCUCACCAUUGCACCCCUUCUGCCAGGCCAAUGCCCCCUGAUGCCACCCACUCUGCCCAGCACAUGCCCCCUGAUCAAGGCUCCUCAGGCCUCCCUCUGUCCCCUAACCAAUUGGAGGGUCUAGGAUCUUGCCACAAGGGGAAGCCUGCCCUUAACCCCACCUCCUUUCCACUCGCACACCUUCCCUCUCACCCUCACCCACCACCAGCAUUCAGAGCCUCAACAUCUCCUGCACUAGUUUGGGCUCCCCUACCCCCUCCCCCUCCCCUUCCUCAUCUGCUGCUUGAAGGGAUCAGGAGAGGAGUCCGGCUGAGAAAGGUGGAGCCGAGGAAGUCAAUGCUGGUUGUCGGAGGGUGGGAUCUGCUGCUGCUCCAGAUCCGGCAGGGCUGUGUCCUGAGGUCGGUGUCUGACCGGCCCCAGCUGGCUCCCGUCCGGCCCCACGACCUUGCAGCGGAACUCUGGCAACUGAUACAGAGGAGGAGCCGUGCCCUACGGUCGUCUGGUGAUGAUGAGAAUGGAGGCUUUGAUGAAGAAUGGGAAGUGUGAGUCCUUCCUCUGAGUCGCGGGUCCCCAGACACACAGCGCUGCCCAGAGCUCCCUCCUGCCUUCCCUCCCAUGUGUUCCUGUGUCUACUGUCAAUUGUUUUUUACUAUUUUAGUAUAUUAACCCCCCACCCCCCUCAUGCCUGGGGCUGUUUCUGCCUUGGGGGUGGGGGGUGGAGUCUUCCUGGGACUGGCAGAAUUGCCCACCCAGUAUGGAGUGCCAGUUCAACUCUCAUUCACUCCUUGAGUUAAAACUGAAUUUUAAAUGUGAUAUUUCUAAAUAAAAUG